AUGUCAAAUAAUGGAAUAAACUAUUCUAUGUAUAAUACUUAUCCAUAUACUCAAAUCGUUCAACAGCAACCUUUAUAUGGACAACGAUUUUCUAAUCGUCAUCUACAACCACCAAUAUCAUAUAAUGCAGGUUAUCAAAUGUAUCCUUCUAUGCAAAAUCAACCACAAUAUAAUAAUAGUUAUGAUCAUCUUAUUCAAUCAGCUGCUGAAACACUUGCUGCCUUUACUAGUCCAUCUGAACAAACAAUAUUAAAUAAACAUCAAGCACAUAUACCUCAAAAGAAUUUUCAUCGUCGUUCCGUAAAUAAUUCGUCUUCUGAUGCUAAAAAUUCAACACGUAUUUAUUAUUGUGAAACAUGUCGUAUAGCAUGUGGUGGUCUUUCUUCAUAUCAAGCACAUAUAAAAGGUUCAAAACAUUUAAAAAAAGAAACAAAUUCUCAAAAUCAACCAACAAAUUCGAAUACAUUUCGUUGUGAAUUAUGUGAUAUUAUUUGUACAAGUUCUGAUGCUUAUAAAUCACAUUUAGAUGGUAGUAAACAUGAUAAAACUGUUAAAUUACAUCAAAAACUAGGUAAAAAAAUUCCUGAAUCUAUUCAACAACCAUCAUUGCCUAUCAAUGAAUCUCAAACUGUAGAAAUUAAAGAAGAAAAACAAACAUUAAACAAUAAUAUAAAAUCAAUAGGUAUGGAAUAUAUUGAAACAUUAUAUGAUAAUACAAAUACAAUAAAAUCAUAUUAUUGUAAAUUAUGUGAUUGUAAAUUUAAUGAUGCAAAUGCGAAAGAUACACAUUUGAAGGGCAAACGUCAUCAAUUGUCUUAUAAAAAAAAAGUGAAUCCAAAUUUUGAAGUUAAUACUAGUAACAAUAAUAAUAGUAAUAAAAAUAAAGCAUCAAGUUCAAAUGAAACAGUGAAACAUGUUUAUGAUCAACAAAUAAAUCAUAAUUAUAAUCAAACAGAAACUAAUGAAGAUACAAAAUAUUUAAUGAUGUUACAUGAACAAAUUAUACCAACACAGAAUUUACUUGAUGCAAUUGAACAAUUUGUUAAAACUGUUGAAUCAGCUCUUAAAUCUUGUUCUGAACAACUUUGUUCGUUGACAACUGCUGAAAACACGGAAUUAGAUACUAAUAAAACAUCAUUAAUGGGUAUAUCACGUAUUGGUUUACUUGUAAAGAAUCUCCUGAUAAAAAGUGAUCGUUUAUUUCAUCUCGUUGUUAUUUGUAAAGAAUGGCCAACAAAAAAUCUUUUUCAAAAUCUUUUUUCUUUAUUAUGUGAUAUAUGGAAAAAUCAAACUAAUAUUCAAUGUUAUAAACAUGAGGAUACUAUUCAAGUAUAUACAAAUAUUAAUGAAGAUCAAAUGUGUAUUUCAAUUUCAUUAACAUCAUUAUCUAUUCAAUCAAAUAAUGAUGUAAACAUAGAACAAUAUUUAUCCAAAACAUCUUGUUUAAAUGCUCUCAAUGCUAUGCAUUCAGUUCGAUGGUUUCAACAACAUGUCACUACACGUCAACAUGCAUCCGCAUUGAUUCGUUGUUUACGUUAUAAAACAAAAAUAGCACGUAAUUGGCAAUCAUUAUCAUCUGAAGCAAUUGAAAUUCUUAUUGAACAUACUUUAACAAAAUCGAUAUCACCUGUUAUUGCAUUUCGACAUGUUUUAGAAUAUCUUGCCGGUGGUUUAAUUUUACCAAAUAAUCCAAGUUUACGUAUACCAUGGCAAACUGAUUCAAUAAAAGAUGCUUUUGAUAGUUUAAAUAAUCAACAACGAAAUGAUAUAACUCAUGAAGCUCAAAUUGGUUUACGUUUUAUGGCAUUUGGUCAUUUAAAUAAAUGGUUUGAACAAUGUGAUAUACCACAAAUGAUGUUAUCAUUUCAAAAACGUUCAUAUUCUGAUGAUGACAAUGAAAGUAAUUCAGUUAAGCGACAAUGUACGAAAUCAGAAACUAUCGAAGAACACAACAAGAGUUAA